AUGCAUUCUAUGUGGAUCCUGCUGCUCUUGCCGGUGGCCUUGGGAGUGCGGACGGAUGGCUCAGGAAGAGUUGAGGAUGUUACUAGCACAGGCAAGAGCUGCUGCUAUGACGUCACUGCCGGGCGGAACUUCUGCUCGAAUGAUGUUUGCGCCAGGAUGCCCAAGGAGGGAUACGCGUGCCCUACAGACUGCUGCGAUGGACCUGGGUUGAGGUGCCCGCCUUCAUACUUGGAAGCCGAGGAGACAGUGGAGAAAGCAGCAGACAAGGAUGUUACUAGCACAGGCAAGAGCUGCUGCUAUGACGUCACUGCCGGGCGGAACUUCUGCUCGAAUGAUGUUUGCGCCAGGAUGCCCAAGGAGGGAUACGCGUGCCCUACAGACUGCUGCGAUGGACCUGGGUUGAGGUGCCCGCCUUCAUACUUGGAAGCCGAGGAGACAGUGGAGAAAGCAGCAGACAAGGAUGUUACUAGCACAGGCAAGAGCUGCUGCUAUGACGUCACUGCCGGGCGGAACUUCUGCUCGAAUGAUGUUUGCGCCAGGAUGCCCAAGGAGGGAUACGCGUGCCCUACAGACUGCUGCGAUGGACCUGGGUUGAGGUGCCCGCCUUCAUACUUGGAAGCCGAGGAGACAGUGGAGAAAGCAGCAGACAAGGAUGCCUUGGCGCGCAACAUCAAGGUCCACCCUCGAUGAGAAGCAAGCGAGGGCCGAUCUGGCGAUGUUGGUAUGACUUGCAUGGGUCCAUGAUUCUGCCCUGGGCGACGUCUGAGGGGUAAAGCGACCGCAAAUGUCCGGCGCUUGGAGAUCUGAAUUUUAGGUCCUGGAUCCGUUUGAAACACAUAUUUACGUG